UGCUUACAACUUUUCCGAUUGUCUUCUCUUCGUCAACUGAUUCGUUCUGAAAUCAGUCAUGGUGUUCCUUUCGAUCCCAAAUCAAAAAACCCUAUUCCUUAACGUAAACCCUUCUACUACUUCCAUUCUUAACCUGAAGUGGGCAAUCGAGGAGGUUUCCCACAUACCCGUUUCGCUUCAGCGAUUGUUCUUAUCUCAAAGCUUUCAAGUUUCAGAUUUGAAUGAUUCUACGCUGCUUUCCCAUGUUCGAGUCCAUCCGAAUUCAACUAUAACCCUUCACGUUCCCUUAUACGGAGGUAUGCAAGCUCCGGUUAUACCGAAACCAAGAUUGGAUUUCUUGAACUCUAAACCUCCUCCGAAUUAUGUUGCUGGGUUGGGACGUGGUGCGACUGGAUUCACGACUAGGUCUGAUAUUGGUCCUGCUCGGGCUGCUCCGGACCUUCCUGAUAGGUCGGCGACGACGAUUGGUGGUGCUGCCGCUGCUCCGGCUGGUAGAGGGCGGGGUAAAGGCGGGGAGGAAGAGGAAGAAGAUGAAGGAGAGGACAAGGGAUAUGAUGAGAAUCAGAAGUUUGAUGAAUUUGAAGGUAACGAUGUAGGGUUGUUCGCAUCGGCGGAAUAUGAUGAGGACGAUAAGGAGGCUGAUGCAGUAUGGGAGGCAAUCGAUAAGCGGAUGGAUUCGAGAAGAAAGGAUAGAAGAGAGGCGAGAUUGAAGGAGGAGAUCGAGAAGUAUCGAGCUUCGAACCCAAAAAUCACCGAGCAGUUUGCAGACCUAAAGCGGAAAUUGUAUACUCUGUCGGCGCAAGAGUGGGAAAGCAUUCCGGAAAUUGGGGAUUAUUCAUUGAGGAACAAGAAGAAGAGAUUUGAGAGCUUUGUGCCUGUGCCAGAUACCUUGCUUGAGAAGGCUAGGCAAGAGCAAGAACAUGUGACGGCGUUGGAUCCUAAGAGCAGAGCUGCAGGCGGGACGGAGACACCAUGGGCACAAACCCCGGUUACGGACUUGACUGCCGUCGGUGAGGGUAGAGGUACAGUGUUGUCGUUGAAAUUGGAUAGGUUAUCUGAUUCUGUUUCAGGAUUGACGGUUGUAGACCCAAAAGGGUAUCUCACUGAUUUGAAGAGUAUGAAGAUAACUAGUGAUGCAGAGAUAUCUGAUAUCAAAAAGGCAAGAUUAUUACUCAAGAGUGUUACCCAAACAAAUCCAAAACAUCCGCCUGGUUGGAUUGCAGCUGCCAGGUUAGAGGAGGUGGCAGGAAAGAUUCAGGCAGCGAGGCAAUUAAUUCAGAAAGGAUGUGAAGAGUGUCCCAAGAACGAGGAUGUGUGGUUGGAGGCUUGUAGGCUGGCUAGCCCAGAUGAGGCGAAGGCUGUGAUUGCUAGGGGGGCAAAGUCAAUACCAAAUUCAGUGAAAUUAUGGUUGCAGGCUGCAAAACUGGAGCAUGAUAAUGCCAAUAAGAGUAGGGUUUUGAGGAAAGGUUUGGAACAUAUUCCAGAUUCUGUUAGGUUGUGGAAGGCAGUUGUGGAGCUAGCUAAUGAAGAGGAUGCCAGGCUUCUGCUUCAUAGGGCUGUUGAGUGUUGUCCUUUGCAUGUUGAAUUGUGGCUUGCAUUGGCGAGGCUGGAAACUUAUGAUCGUGCGAAAAAGGUUCUUAAUAGUGCAAGGGAGAAGUUGCCCAAGGAGCCAGCUAUAUGGAUAACAGCCGCCAAAUUGGAAGAAGCUAAUGGGAAUACUGCCAUGGUUGGAAAGAUUAUAGAAAAGGGUAUAAGAGCUUUACAGAGAGUAGGCGUGGUGAUUGAUAGAGAGGCUUGGAUGAAGGAGGCUGAGGCUGCAGAACGUGCAGGGUCUGUUGCCACCUGCCAAGCAAUUAUCCAUAACACUAUAGGAGUUGGGGUUGAGGAGGAAGAUAGGAAGAGGACCUGGGUAGCUGAUGCGGAGGAGUGUAAAAAGAGGGGUUCGAUUGAAACAGCAAGAGCAAUUUAUGCACAUGCACUUACUGUCUUCUUGACUAAAAAGAGUAUAUGGCUGAAAGCAGCACAGCUUGAAAAGAGCCAUGGUACCAGGGAGUCUCUUGAUGCUUUACUUCGUAAGGCUGUUACUUACAGGCCACAGGCUGAAGUGUUGUGGCUAAUGGGUGCCAAAGAGAAGUGGCUUGCUGGGGAUGUUCCUGCUGCUAGAUCCAUUCUUCAAGAAGCCUAUGCAGCCAUUCCCAAUUCUGAGGAGAUUUGGCUUGCAGCAUUCAAGCUUGAAUUUGAGAAUCAUGAACCUGAGAGAGCUAGAAUGCUUCUUGCUAAAGCUCGGGAAAGAGGAGGCACAGAACGAGUAUGGAUGAAAUCUGCUAUUGUUGAGAGAGAACUGGGCAACGCCGAGGAAGAGAGCAGGUUACUGAAUGAAGGGCUUAAGCGUUUUCCAUCCUUCUUUAAACUGUGGUUAAUGCUUGGGCAGUUGGAGGAACGUCUUGGGCACCUGGAGAAGGCUAAGGAAGCUUAUGAGUCUGGUUUGAAGCACUGUCCUAGCUGUAUACCGCUUUGGCUUUCUCUUGCUCACCUGGAAGAGAAAAUGAAUGGAUUGAGCAAGGCUCGAGCAGUGUUGACCAUGGCCAGGAAGAAGAAUCCUCAAAACCCUGAACUUUGGCUUGCUGCAGUGCGAGCUGAAUUGAGGCAUGGCAAUAAGAAAGAAUCUGAUAUUUUGAUGGCCAAGGCACUGCAAGAAUGUCAAAAUAGUGGCAUAUUGUGGGCAGCCUCAAUAGAGAUGGUACCUCGUCCACAACGUAAAACCAAGAGCAUGGAUGCACUUAAAAAAUGCGAUCAUGAUCCACACGUUAUUGCUGCUGUGGCCAAGUUGUUUUGGCAUGACAGGAAGGUUGACAAAGCUAGAACAUGGCUAAACAGGGCAGUAACUCUUGCUCCUGAUAUUGGUGAUUUCUGGGUUUUGUACUACAAAUUCGAACUACAGCAUGGUACUGAUGAGAAUCAAAAGGACGUACUGAAGAGAUGUAUUGCUGCAGAACCCAAACAUGGUGAGAAAUGGCAAAUGAUUUCAAAGGCCGUGGAGAACUCCCAUCAGCCAACUGAGGCGAUCUUGAAAAAAGUAGUAGUUGCCCUAGGUAAGGAAGAGGGCGCUGCUGAAAAUAGCAGAAAUUAGCUUUAACAUAUCUCAGAUUUUCGAGCCUCUUUGCUGCUGGUUAAGGCAUGUGUGAUUUAUAAGAACAGCCUGAGUUUUGUUGUUGAUUUAUUUAAUCAAUGGCUGAAAAUUUGUGGCAUAUUGAGAUUGUCUUGUUAUCUGGUUUGCUGUACACAUGGUUAACCCUUCCUAGACUGUCGGUGAUGGAUCUGCUGUUGUAACUUCUUUUACCUACUUCACUAUUUAAUUAGUAUAUUCUGAUAUUUGGAUGUU